AUGGAGAGUUCAAAUCAAACAUCUACAAACAGAUUCAUCCUUCUUGGCCUUACUGAUACCACAAACCUACAGGUGUUAUGUGUCCUUAUGUUUUUGAUCAUGUAUUUAGUCACAAUAGUUGCAAACUUCUCAUUUAUCAUUGUGGUGGGGACCAGUGUUCAGCUGCAGACACCCAUGUACUUUUUUCUAUGUAACCUCUCCAUCAUUGACAUUUGUUUCUCUUCCACCAUUGUGCCUACGCUCUUGAUCAAUACUCUAGCUCAUGACAAAAGUGUGCCUUUCUUAGGAUGUGCUUUACAGAUGUUCUUCCAUUUAGCUCUAGGAACUGCUGAGUGUUUUAUUCUUUCUGUCAUGGCCUUUGAUAGGUAUGCAGCCAUCUGUAAACCUUUACACUAUUACAAAGUUCUGAAUAAAAAAGUUUGCAUCUGCUUAGCUUCUGGAUCAUGGGUCCUCUCCUUUCUCAACUCUACCAUUCAUGUGAUCUUUACUUUUCAGCUUCCUUUUUGCCGGUCCAACCAUGUCAACCAUUUUUUCUGUGAGGUUCCUCCUUUUUUGUACAUCUCUUGCAGAGACACUUGGUUUAAUGUGGUGGCCAUGUACAUCUCUGCUAGUUUAAUUGGCCUGUUCUCACUCAUUUUGACUCUCAUUUCCUAUUUUUAUAUAACUUUGACAAUUCUUAACAUCUCUUCCACUGAAGGAAGAAUAAAAGCAUUCUCUACGUGUGCAUCCCAUCUCACAGUGGUCUCUCUGUACUUUGGUGCUAUCCUGUUUAUGUAUUUGCAUCCUCACUCUGACUAUUUUCCAGAAUCCGCCAGGACAAUGUCUCUCAUUUACACUGUUGUCACCCCAAUGCUAAAUCCUCUAAUCUACAGUAUAAGGAAUAAGGAAGUUCAAAAGAACAUCAAAAACAAACUGAAUAUUCAAAUCCAUAAAACAUUUUAA